AAGCUCCAAAUUAUAAGUGUAAGCAUUAUAUAGCCCCUCUAAGUCUAUAAGUACAAAUCUGGUUAAGCACGCACAGAUCAGUUUAUGCACGCACAAAUCUAGUCUGAGCCUAAUUUGACUCCAUACAACCUCUAUUUAUUUUCUAUAUUUGCCCCCGUCAUCUUUGUGUGUUAUGUUUUUAUGGCGUGUAGGUGGCGAUCGGCUCACACUUCUAAGCCUGAAAAUCUGUACUUGACCAUCUUAUAUGGGCUUAUGUGGGAUCCAUACUAUUCAAGCCUUGGAUAGUGUAAUGGUUAACAGGUAUCUUCCCCGAAGUUCCUGGUGGUUCUCGGGAAAGCACAUCAGCUCCCAGCCCUGGUGGUCCAGGGGAGACCACGCCAACUUCAGGCUCCAGUGGCCUGGAGACGACCGCACCAGCCUUGGUCCCUGUGCCCUUUGUUUCUCUGUGUGCAGAUGCUGUUUCCAGGGUUCCUGGUGGUCCGCCGACGACCACGUCUGCCUCGGCUCCUGGUGGCCGGCACGACCACGCCUGCCUCGGCUCCUGGUGGCCCGGCACGACCACGUCUGCCUCGGCUCCUGGUGGCCCGGCACGACCACGUCUGCUUCAGCUCCUGGUGGCCCGGUGACUGCCUCGUCAGCCUCGGUUCCUGGUGGUUCGGCUGCAAUCAUCUCUGGUUCCGGUUCCACUCCUUGGUUCGUCUCUGGUUCCCGCUCCAUCUCUGGGUUUGUCUCGGGUUCCGGUUCCAUAUCUGGGUUUGUCUCGGGUUCCGGUUCCAUAUCUGGGUUUGUCUCUGGUUCUGGGUCCGGCUCCUUGCCACGGGUUCGUCUCCUGUCUCUGGCUCCGGUUCUGGCGUCACGUCGGCCUGGCAUGGCCCUAUGCCCAUCUUGUCGGCCUAGCAAGGCCCUACGCUUGUCUCAUCGGCCUGGCGAGGCUCUACGUUCGCAUCAUCUGCCUGACUGGUGGCCUCGCCCUCAGCUCCUGUUUCGUUGCCGGCCGUCUUCCUGUCUGGAGGAUGCCUUCAUCCCCUGUGGAGCUCUGGAGGUGGUUGGUUUUGGUGUCGACCUCCCAGAACCCACUGUUCGCCCUGUAACCUGAUGAAAGCUUAAAUCUAUUGCCGUUGAGGUUGGCUCUCAGUUGGGUGCUACACGUGUAAAUUACCAGCCUUUGCAGGAUUUAUUCUUGACUGUUUUAUUGAUGCACUAAAGCAUGUCGCCACUAACAUUUCACAAAAAAAUUUAUCCCAUGUAAUGCAGCUCCUAAAGUAGAGUUUCAAUCGGUUUACACUGCUCAAAAAACUUUUAUGCCUGCACUUUGGGUAUAUGCAGCAAGAAUCUUCCUGUCUGAUGUUGGACUCUAAAAUAACAAAUAAUACUAUCUUGCUCUGUCCAUGCUUUGUGCCACGUUCUUUACAGUACAAAUACACCUGUUGAUCCAUUUUGCACUGAUAUUAAAUUUAAAUUACUGCACUAA